AUGGCCGUCAUUCUCGUUACUGGUGCAAACCGCGGCAUCGGCCUCGCCAUAGUCCGAGGCAUCACGGCGCGACUCCCAAACGACACCGUCAUCCUGGGCUGCCGCAGCCUGCAGUCCGGACAGGACGCCAUGCGAGAUCUACAGACGGCUGGCGGUGACGGCGGCGGCGGCGGCGUCAAGUUGGACGUGGUAGAAAUCGAUAUUGAGAGCGACUCGUCCAUUGCGGCGGCCGUGGCGACCAUUGAACACAGAUAUGGCCGACUCGAUGUUCUCGUCAACAACGCCAUAAAACUGCACGUCGCGGCGACGGCCGGGUGCGGCCUCUCCGCCGCGAGGGCCGCCUCCAACGCGUGCUUCAACAAUGGCAUCACGUCCAACGCGGUUGUGACGCGCGCAUUCACCCCUCUCCUGCGAAGGAGCGCGAGCCCACGCGUCGUCAUGGUGUCCAGCACAAGGGGGAGCAUGGGCCGCACCGCCUCCAAGCAGCUGCCCCCCGUCGCGCUCGUCGAUUACUGCAUCGUCAAGGCCGGGCUCAACAUGCUCACGCUUCACCUACAGGCCGCCGAGGACAACGAUGAGAACGCCGUCGAGAAGGCGAGAAUCACGUUCUGGGCCGUCAGCCCCGGCCACUGCAAGACGGCCCUCAACGGCUUUAAGGGCCUCAAGGAUCCUCUUGAUGGGGCCGAGGUCGUGCUCAAGUUGUUGGAAUCCAGGGCAGGCGCAAUUCCGGGAGGCACCUUCUGGGAAUAUGAAGGUGGCGAGUUUCGCAUGCCUCCUUGGUAA